CACGCCAAAGUCGUAGCCACUGCAUUCCGAGAGCAAGGUAUAUAAAGCUCGGGGGAUGAAGGGGGAAGUACAAUACAGCACUCUCCACCUCAGACACGAAUCGCAAUGUCGUCAAACUACGAGACUCUUCAGCAGAAAGCUACCGAGUGGAUGAAGAGGUUUCAUGCUACUAGCGACAACAUGGUCGCGGAGCCAUGGGUAGACUCCUUCUGGACAUUCGACGGCGUGCUGCAGUUUUCCAAUGCGCCAGAGGUCGCCGGGCGAGACGCCAUCGUAGAGUUCUUCAAGUCGCAGUUCCCCCAUCUCGAGCACAUGAAGCACUCGAUCGUUAGCCUGGAUGUCAUCAGCAACAAGAUAUACUUGAGAGCGACUAUCUCGUACCGCGCGAAGGGCGACCCGGAACGCAAGGAUAUCACCAUCCCGGGGUUCGCUGUGUGCUUCUUCCCGACAGAGCUGACGGUGGAUGGAGGGUUCGACAAGAUGUCGAGGUUUGAGGUCUACCUGAAUCCGACACCCCUGCAGGAGCGGAUAGCGGUGGCAAUGAAGAACGCAGGCCCGUCUGAUUUGGGAACGCACUUUUCGCACAUUCGAGGAACGCUUCCGUCGUCGGACAUGCUCAGCGAGAGCGGGUGA